AUGGCGGAGGUCGUCCAGCACAUCGAGGCCGUGCGUUUCGACUUCUUCCCCAUGGGCGACUUUUUCGAGUCGCAGAGGCCCGACGGCUACGGCGAGCAGGUCGCGUGCGACCUCGCGGUCGGGGGCCUGGAUCCCGCCGCUGGAGGCGCAGGGCCCCCGUGGUCGGGGGUCUUGAGCACGCCGCUGAAGGCGCAG